UGUUAUUGUUGUUGAUUAACCCAAAAAUCAAAUCUAUGAGUCGCACGUGUUUAUUAAUAAAUGAACUAUUAAAAAUCUAUUUUUGAUGCAAUAAAUCGUGAGUAAAAACUAAUAAGUAGCUAAAUUCAUGGGUACACAAUCAUGGAACAUUUAAUUGAAAAGUUUAGUGAUAUAACAGCAAAACCUGUAAAUUAUUUAGCUAUUCAAAAUGAUAUCAAAGGGGACGUUAAAAACUUAAUUAAAACGUUGUACGAUUUCACAAAAUCAGAAGAAAAGACUCACAAAAAAUCUAAAGGUGGUGCAUUGCAGGAUCUCAUCAUAGAGGAACUUGAUGAAGAGCAAAUAUGGCAGCAAAUUGAGUUACAGAAUUCUGAGUGUUGGGAUCAUUUGGUAUGGGAAGUCGCCAAUUGUAUCUCGAAUAAAAAUGAUUUGAGUUUUCCUAUAGAUGUACCCGAAUUAGAACAUGAAUCUGAUGAUGAGGAGAUGCAAGAAAUGCAGGAGAAAAAUACAAAACCUGAAGAAGAUGAAAUAUCCUUUCCAAGUAAAUCAUCUGGGAGAACAAACCAAGCUAAGAAAGAGAGAAAACCUCAUAAAAAGUCUUCCAUUGUAGAUGACCAGUUUUUUAAACUACAAGAAAUGGAACAAUUUUUAAUUAAUGAAGAAAAGAUGGAGGAAAAGGGCAAGAAAAAAGAUGAUGAUGAAGAGUCAAUAAAUUUAUUUGAAGAUAUUGAUGAAGCAGAGUCUGAAGAUGAUGAGGAUGUGAUGUAUAAAGAUUUCUUUAAUGAUGAUGACUCUUAUGUAAGUGAAGAAAAUAAUAAAUAUGAUGAAGGCAUUGAGAAUGGAGAUGUAGAUGAUCAAGAUAUGCCAGAUGAAGAUAUAGCUAGUGAUUUAGAUAAUGAUGGUGAAGAUACAAUUCCUAAAAAUUCUGAUAAGAAGGUAAGGUUUACUGGUCUUCAACCAGAUACUGAUUCUGAGAGUGAUUCCCAUCAUAGUAAUACUGAAGUCAACAAUACAGUUAUAAAUAAGGAUGAAAAGAAAUCUGAAUUUGAACUAAGACAAGAAAGACUUAAGCAACAGAUAUCGAGGUUAGAAGAAAAAUCCAUUAAAGAAGCUCCAUGGCAACUAAAAGGUGAAGUUGAUGCUACUAAAAGACCACAAAACUCAUUACUCCAAGAGGUUGUUGAUUUUGACUUGACUACACGGCCAGCCCCAAUAAUAACUGAACAAACAACAGUAACUUUAGAAGGUCUCAUACGUCAGAGAAUUAAAGAUAAAGCAUGGGAUGAUGUUGAAAAGAAAGAAAAACCAGUUGAUGAUCAACUAGCAUUUAAAAAACCAGAAAUUCUAGAUCACUCUAAGAGCAAGCUUAGUUUAGCUCAAGUUUAUGAAGCUGAGUAUUUAAAGCAAAAGCAGGCAGCAUCUGGAGACAUUCAAGAAGAAGAUGAACCAGAGAGCCAUAAAGAGAUUCGUGAUAUAAUGUCCAAGUUAUUUGCAAAACUUGAUGCUUUAUGCCAUUAUCAUUACACUCCAAAAGCACCUCAGGCGGAAGUUAAAAUCAUCAGUAACACACCAGCAAUUUCAAUGGAAGAGGUUGCCCCUGUUGCCACUAGUGAUGCAGCACUAUUAGCACCUGAAGAAGUUAAGAAGAAGCACAAAGGAGACCUUAUGAGUAAAGAAGAAAGAACACAAACAGACAAAAAUAGAGAAAGAAGGAAAAAGAAAAUGUUCCAGAAAAAGAAGGGUCAAGUUAUGAAAGUUACAGACCAUAGAAAUACAAUAAAAGGUGUGGAGGCAAAUGAUAAAUCGUUAAAAACAUCUAAAGCCUUUUUCCAACAGUUGAAUGACGAUGCCACAAGUUUGAUUAAGAAAAAUAAGAAUAAAAAUAAAUAAAUGGUAUUAUUUAUCUCUA